AUGGCGGCCCUCGCUGCGGUCAACUUCGCGUCCUUCGCGGGCCUUCGCGCGCUCCCCGCCUCCCACGGCGACACACAAGGCGCUUCCACCGCCCUUAACGCCUCCUCCUCGCAGCGACCCGGCAGCGGCACAUGCGUCGUGCGGGCGGAUGCGCGGCGGCGUUUGGGGCGGCGCGCGGGGGAUGAGGAUGAGGGGACGGGGAUCGGCGCGCUGGUUCCCGUGA